AUGCCAAGGUGGCGAGGUCAGUACCGCUCGCCAGAGCGAAGGCGUCGACUCAGGGAAGUUAUUGAAGAAGUCGAAGUGGUAGAAGACAACCGGUCGUUAAAGUGGAUUCGCGAGCCGUUACGUCCUGUCGUCGAUGUUGUAAGUUUUUUGUCUUGAUCUUUGAACUAAAUCGUAAAGCUUGACCUUUUUUUUUUAAUAAAAAGAAGAAUGUAAGGUUUGUAGCCGCUGGAAACUCUGGAAGACCAUCCAGGAUUCAACGAUGUGAAUCCGAGAGAAGAGUAUCGAGCCAUCGAUGCAACAGCGACGCUUCUAAUGAGCAGGAUAUACAUCCUACUGUUUCAAUUCAUCGGAGGCCGCUUCGAAAUCUCAACAGACGCUUUUCAAGGUCACCGGGUGCUUGAGAGUAAGUUAUUGGCAAAACAAAUGUUUUCUUCCCAGUUUUUUAAAAAGAAGUUUCAGAUUCUCCAAAAAUAAGAAAUCUAAAAAAAAACUUAUUGAUUACUCUCACGUAUAACAAUAUUGAGCGAAAAAACAAAAGCUAUUUUAAUUCAAUCUAGUAUAUAUAUAUAUUCAUUUUGAGGAAGCAAUAUGACGUCAGCAGAUCUGAGCAUCCAGGAAUAUUGGUUUCGCGGUCUGAUGCGUUGGGACGCUCUUCAGUUCAUGUUCAUCGCGCAGUAUGGCUACAUAUUCGAACAUUCCUUGGCCUUUCUUCCGGCUUUCCCCUGGGCUACUGGGUAGCGGAGCUGUUUUUCCUCCUAGAAACUCAGGUUUAGAGCUCUUGGCGCUUCAGCCGCCGAUUAUUACCGCGCCUUGGUGGGUCCUGUCCACAAAACAACCAUGACGUUACUUAUGGGCCUUAUCAUCAACACCGUAAUCAUUCAUUCUUCUUGAAAGUAUUGUUUUUUUAAAUUACAGUUCACUUUUCUUCAAGCGGGUCAUGUACUUUACUUUAUCACUUUGCGGAUAUCGAAGAGUCAAAAAGCAGCUAUUAUUUCAACUAUUUUGUUUGCGUUCAACCCUGCGUCGAUUUUCUUCACUUCUUUCUAUUCCGAGUCGGUCAGCUAUUUUUAAUUUUGAAAGGAGAGCGAGAAAUUUCUCAAAAUUUCCAUCAAUAUCUUGUUUUGAAAUAGGAAAAUAUCUGUCUUUUUGUUCAGUUGUACACUUUGGUGACGUUCGGGGCCAUAUUUCUGUUGCUUGAGAUGAAAGUUUCGGACGACUUUCCCUUCUUCCUCAGGCUCUCCGGGGCAGUUAUGAUCAUGAUGCUCGGCUGUGUUAUAAGGUUGGUCUUAUUCGCUUCGGUGUGCGAAAAAAGUGAAAGUAUUUCUUCAAAAACUGAAGAAGCUUCUAUGUGUUAUUCAUGUUUUUUCUGUAAGAUAAAAAGAAUCCGCGAAGAACUUUGUAAGACUUUGUAUGAUUUCCUGUCGAACUUCAGAGGUAACGGCAUACUUAACGUCGGCUACCUGGGUUGGUUCCUCACCCGAGAGAUCUUCUGGACGAUGGAGGAAGCUCCGAAACAGCGACGAGUGGUGCCGUCGAACAUUUUUCCGCGUCGCCGGAGUCGCUAUGCUCGUGAAGACGAAGGCGAGGUGUCUCGACCUCUCAAGUGCACUUUCCUCUUGAAGAGAGGUCGUACAGUUGCCUUUGCUCGUCUUUUCUUCGGCUGCUUCAUUCUUACCAUGGCUGUAGUUUUUGCCGUGUCUUUGUGGGUCGCCUACGGCAACCACCAGUCGGACAAUUUCUGCAACUCAAGUUGAUCCUUCCCUCUCUAAUCCCUCUCAUAAGUACGUUUAGGAGCGUUCAUGCGAGUGCCGCAACAGUUCCGAGAAUAUGCGCAGCAAAACAGGCUGACAGUUAUUGGUGAGACACGAAGAAUGCCUUGGUGCGCGUGGCUCGAAAAAAACAAGUUAGCUUUUCAUUUAUUUGUUUUCUUGAUUGAAAUCAAGGCUUCACACGAGAGUCGCAAGUAUGAAAAUGGUUAAGAAUUUGCUGAAACUUGGUAAAAGACCUUCUCUAAGAACUAUGAUCAUUAUCCAAAAGCCAUUUCUUGGUUAGGGCGGCGUGAAAAGCCUUGACUAGAUUACAGAAAUAUUUUUUCAAGUUCUUCUUUCUGAAGAAAUUGUUAUUAGGCUUUUUUGAGAAACGAAUUUCGCAUAAAAGUCUGAAUUUUAUUUUUAUGUUUUUAGUUAAAUAGGUGUUCAUAGUGUUUUAGGGCAGAAUUAAAAAGAGUUUUUUUUUUAAAUGAUCAUUCUUAUUAUGAACUUUUUCCUGGUACUUUUGGGAGCGAGUAUCUGUUUAUGUAAUACGUCAAAGAGGUUUCCCUGUUUUCUAAAGCUAGUUGAACACAUAAUCAUAGGGCACGCUGAAAAAUACUUUAAAAAAAGUUUAAACAUGGAACCAAAAGAUUGUAACUUCUGCAUAAGAUAAUUUAAUGAGAUUUUUUCUGGAUUUCGUGAUUAACAUUCUUUUUUUUUUUUUUCUUAACAUUAAGAAACACGGUGCAAGCGACUUAUGGGUUUCCUGUCUGGUAUCCUGUUGUCCAACGAAAGUACUGGAGAGUCGGCCACUUCGCCUACUGGUCUGUGAAGAAGAUCCCGUGUUUUUUGAUGGCAGCUCCGGCGAUGCUGCUCACUUUGAUAGCCAUUCGCGGCACUUUCCGCGACCUUGCCCGCAGAAAGUUUUCAUUGUAUAAUUUCUCGUUCAUAGUUUUUGUUUUCUCGCAGUCUUACCAAUAUUUGGAUGUGUCUGCUGCAUCAAGAUCAUUUGUUGCCUUACGCUAUCCAUUCUGCCGUUAUCCUUUACUUCGGAAUCUUCUACAUCAACGCCGAGGUUGCACCCACGAGUCCCUCCAAUUCGAAAGAAGUUUUUCUCAGGUGUUCACCCGUAUGAUCUUCUCAAGUUCUCCGUUCCUCUACGUUUAUUAUAGUCAAUGGCUUGCCCAACAAACUUCUCCGGUAAGUUCACUUAUUUGUCUUCUUCUGAAAAAAGAAUACCCUGCAGGCAGUUCCGGAAGGAAGAGUCUCCUACUUCCUCGACCACACGAUGCUGUAUCCGCCCUAUUUGGUGUCUUCAAUUUUCAAUGAUCGGUACGGUCGACUGUUUUAUCUCUACUUCUUUGCCUAUUUCGUGUUUGGCACUGUCAUGCACGCCAUGUUUUUACCGUUUACUUAA